AUGUCAGCCAAAAAGGGUGAACCCGUUGGCUCCGAAGAGGAUGGGAUCGUCCCAGCCAGCUCAUCUCAGGAUGGCACGGCAGUGGAAUCGCCCAUCCGCGAGGGAGGAGAGGAGAACUACUAUGGCCGUGACGACUUCACUGGGUUCGAGCCCAUUGGGGAACGUGACCGCGAGGAGCUCUCUCGCUUGGCCUCCAACUACUCGGUUCGCGCGAAUCGUCCCAGCGUCAGUCGGGCCAACACCCUCGAUGCCAUCCAGGAGGAUGAUCCCGCCCUUGACCCCAACAGCGGCAAGUUCGAGCCGUACAAAUGGGCGCGGAUGACAAUCAAGCGGCUCGACGACGAGGGCAUCACCCGCGAGCGCGCUGGCUUGGUCUUCAGCAACCUCAAUGUCUCGGGAACGGGUUCCGCGCUGCAGCUCCAGGAGACGGUUGGAUCUGUCCUGCUGGCACCCUUCAAGCUCGGCAGCUAUCUCAACCUGGCCCGCUCGGCCCCGAAACGACAGAUCCUGCGCAACUUCGAUGGCGCCCUCAAGAGCGGCGAGAUGCUCAUGGUGCUCGGCAGACCGGGCAGUGGAUGCUCGACCUUCCUCAAAACGCUGUGUGGGGAGUUGCAUGGAUUGAACCUGCGUCAGGACUCGGUCAUCCACUACAACGGUAUUCCCAUGGAGACCAUGCAUAAGGAGUUCAAGGGUGAAUGCGUCUACAACCAGGAGGUCGACAAGCAUUUCCCCCACCUGACCGUCGGCCAGACCCUGGAGUUUGCUGCCUCGGCCAGAACUCCCUCGAACCGUGUGUCUGGCGUGAGCCGCGAGGAGUAUGUCACGCAUAUGACACAGGUCAUGAUGGCGGUGCUGGGUCUGACCCACACUUAUAACACCAAAGUGGGAAAUGACUACAUCAGAGGUGUCUCGGGUGGUGAGAGGAAGCGAGUCAGUAUCGCAGAGAUGGCGCUUUCUCGAGCCCCCAUCGCUGCCUGGGAUAAUAGCACGCGUGGUCUCGAUUCGGCCAGCGCCCUCCAGUUCGUCAAGGCGCUCCGUAUUUCCGCUAACCUGGGAGGCAGCUGCCACGCGGUCGCCAUCUACCAAGCCUCUCAGGCCAUCUAUGAUGUUUUUGACAAGGUCGUGGUUCUCUAUGAAGGCCGUGAGAUCUAUUUCGGCCCGUGCAAACAGGCCGAACAGUACUUUGUCAACAUGGGCUGGUACAAUCCGCCGCGUCAGACCACGGGCGAUUUUCUCACCUCCGUCACGAACCCUCAGGAGCGGAAACCUCGUGAGGGGAUGGAGAAUCGUGUUCCUAGGACCCCCGACGAGUUCGAACGGUACUGGAAGAACAGCCCCGAGUACACGGCUCUCCAGAAGGAAAUUGCGCAAUACAACGCCGAUUACCCCAUGGGCGGACACGCCCACAAGGAAUUAGAGGAAGUCAAGCAUGUCCAACAGGCCAAGCAUGUGCGGCCCAAAAGUUCCUACAUUAUUUCCGUGCCUAUGCAGCUCCGAUUAUGUACAAAGCGUGCUUACCAGCGGAUUUGGAAUGAUAAGGCUUCAACAUUGACUCUGCUCGUUGGCCGGGUCGUCAUGUCUCUGAUUAUUGGAUCUAUUUACUUUGGUACUCCCGUUGCCACGGCCGGGUUUUACGCCAGAGGAGCUACGCUAUUCUUUGCCGUGCUAUUGAACGCUCUCAUCAGUAUCACGGAGAUCAACUCCCUGUAUGACCAACGCCCGAUCAUCGAGAAACAGGCUUCGUACGCCUUCGUCCAUCCAUUCACCGAGGCUCUGGGCGGAAUUGUGGCAGACAUUCCAAUUAAAUUCAUAUCGGCGGUCAUAUUCAAUGUGAUCAUUUAUUUCUUGGCCGGCCUUCGCUACGAACCAUCGCAGUUCUUCAUCUUCUUCCUCUUCUCCUUCCUCGGAACGCUUGCCAUGUCCUCCAUCUUCCGCACGCUGGCUGCCAUGACCAAAACCCUCGCACAGGCCAUGGCUUUGGCGGGAAUCAUGGUUCUUGCCAUCGUCAUAUACACGGGUUUCGUCGUUCCCGUGCCGCAGAUGCAUCCUUGGUUCAGCUGGAUCCGAUACAUCAAUCCAAUCUUCUACUGCUUCGAAAGUCUCAUCGCCAACGAAUUCCAUGGCCGCUCCUUUGAAUGCUCCGAGUUCGUCCCCGCGUACCCUAGCCUGACGGGAGAUGCGUUCAUUUGCUCGGUUCGGGGCGCUGUUGCUGGCGAGCGGACCGUCUCGGGUGAUGCCUUCAUCCAGUCCAACUAUGAGUACACGUACGCGCACGAAUGGCGGAACCUGGGCAUCGUGAUUGCAUUCUGGAUCUUCUUCCUCCUCACCUAUCUCCUAGCCUCCGAGUUCAACUCCGCCACCACCUCCACCGCCGAGUUUCUGGUCUUCCGCCGCGGUCAUGUUCCGUCGUACAUGAAGGAAGUAGACCGAGGAGAUGGAGCGAGCAACGCUCGCACGCUGGAAGCACCCGAGUCGAACGGCGCCGCCGAGAAACGGGAGGAGGCCGGCCAAGACAACGGAGUCAGCGCCAUCCCCAAACAACACGACGUCUUUACUUGGCAAAAGGUGUGUUACGACAUUCCGGUUAAAGGUGGCCAGCGCCGGCUGCUCGACGAGGUCUCGGGUUGGGUGAAGCCCGGCACGCUGACCGCCCUGAUGGGCGUGUCGGGGGCUGGUAAGACCACGCUUUUGGAUGUCCUCGCCCAGCGGGUGUCGAUUGGCGUGGUCACGGGGGACAUGUUUGUCAACGGCCGGCCUCUGGAUGCAAGCUUCCAACGAAAUACGGGGUACGUCCAGCAGCAAGACCUUCACCUUGCGACUUCUACGGUGCGGGAGGCACUGCGCUUCAGUGCUAUUCUUCGGCAGCCAAAGUCCGUCCCGCAAAAGGAGAAAUACGAAUAUGUUGAAGAAGUCAUCAAGAUGUUGAACAUGGAGGAUUUCGCGGAAGCCGUCGUGGGCACCCCUGGCGAAGGGCUGAAUGUCGAGCAACGCAAACUGCUCACCAUUGGGGUAGAGCUGGCUGCGAAGCCGGCUCUCUUGCUCUUCCUUGAUGAACCGACCAGUGGUCUUGAUUCCCAGAGCUCCUGGUCGAUCUGUGCAUUCCUGCGCAAGCUGGCCGACAAUGGACAAGCCGUUCUCUCCACCAUCCAUCAACCUAGCGCUAUCUUGUUCCAGCAGUUCGAUCGACUCUUGUUCCUGGCCAAGGGCGGCAAGACUGUCUACUUUGGCGAAAUUGGCGAGCAGUCCCGCACGUUGCUAGAUUACUUUGAGCAGAACGGAGCGCGCAAAUGCGAAGAUUCCGAAAACCCCGCUGAAUACAUGCUUGAGAUUGUGGGCGCAGGCCCAGGAGGCAAAUCGACACAGGACUGGCCGGUGGUAUGGCGCAACAGCCCCGAAGCGCAGGGGGUGCAGACCGAGCUCCAGCAGAUCCACGAGCAGAGGAAAGCAGCCGCAUUGUCUCAGGGUCACGACGGCACCGGAGCGCACGGAGAGUACGCCAUGCCGUUCCUUGACCAGCUGUGGUGGGUGACGCAUCGUGUCUUCCAGCAGUACUGGCGAGAGCCGGCGUAUAUUGGAGCCAAAUUCAUGCUGGGCAUUGCUUCGGCGCUCUUCAUUGGGUUUUCUUUCUUCAAGCCGAAAAACUCGGAGCAGGGGCUUCAGGAUGUGCUGUUUAGUACCUUUAUGUUGACCUCUAUUUUUUCCACUCUGGUUCAACAGAUCAUGCCCAAGUUUGUGACCCAGCGGUCUCUAUACGAAGUGCGCGAGCGGCCGUCCAAGGCGUACUCGUGGGCCGCCUUUCUGAUAGCCAACAUUGUGGUCGAGAUCCCGUACCAGAUCAUGCUGGGGCUAGUGGUGUGGGCCAGCUACUACUAUCCGGUGUACGGGGCAGACCAGAGCUCGGAGCGACAGGGCCUGGUCCUGCUGUUCAUCAUGCAGUUCUUUGUGUUUGCGUCGACGUUUGCGGAGCUGGUGAUUGCCUCGCUGCCGGACGCCGAGACGGGCGGCACCAUCGCCACGCUCGCCUUCUCGCUGGUGCUGACCUUCAACGGCGUCAUGCAGCCCCCGUCGGCGCUGCCGGGGUUCUGGAUCUUCAUGUACCGCGUCUCACCACUCACGUACCUCAUCUCCGGGAUCGUCAGCACGGGUCUCCACGGCCGUUCUGUCCGGUGCGCCCAGGCCGAGCUCAGCAUCUUCAACCCACCUGGGGGAUCCACGUGCGGCGACUAUCUACAGCAGUAUCUGGCCGUCGCUCCGGGACAGCUGUAUAACCCUUCUGCGACGCAGAACUGCGAGUACUGUUCUCUAUCGAGUGCCGACCUCUACCUCGCCGGCAACAAUAUUUAUUACUCCCAACGGUGGCGCAACUGGGGCAUCGGCUUCGCGUACAUUGGCUUCAACAUCUUUGGCGCCGUGCUCCUGUACUACAUGUUCCGCGUGCGUCACUACAACCCCACCUCUAUCGUGCGGGGAUUGUGUAAUUGCGGCCGUCUGGUUGGGAGACUGUUCAAGCGGCGAUCGGGACAGACGCCUCGAGGGAAGGAGUCGGACAACGGGCGGUUGUUCUAG